UGUUACUAUGUCUCUAAAAAGGUGUGGUGUAGUACCUUGUUAAGUGAAACUGAAGGGAUACCGUGUCUUUCUUCACAUAAAAACAGCAAUAGCUCGAGAGUCCGUUGCAAGAUGAUUAGGUUAUUGUUCUGGAUUAUCCUAUUUAUCCUUGGCGUUUUUGCACAAGAAAUUGCUUAUCGAAAUGUUCCAACAACGCUUCGAGAAUGUUAUGAAAAUAAAUAUCUUUUAGAAAAAGAUAAUAGAUUGCCCCAUACUUUGAACACAUUAAUCACGAUUCUUCAAAAAAUCGAGAAUGGAACAAAAGACUCAAUGGAUUUACGUACUUUAACUGUUAAAAUUAUGCACAGAUUUCGUCAAGAUGGAAUAGAAAAAAAUCCAUACGUAGUAGAGCAGUCUGGUGUAUUACCUUACAGAGCAGGUGCCCAAGCUCAGAAAUAUUUACAAAUAGCUCGUUUUAUACCCGACAGAACUGACAAUAAUCCUUCUUUCAACAUGCUCACCGCUAUUGAAAGGUGUACUCUUCAUUUUAUGCUGUCUAGCAGCAUUGAAGUAUACCACAGAGGAGACGAAAGCCAGACAUGUAGAUACGCUGACAAUGCCUAUAGAAUUGCAAGAAGUGUGUCUAGCAAUUAUCCUCCUAAGGCAAAUUUAGAGAUACACGAUGAUGUAGAAACCUUGUCACCUGAACAAAUCGAUGUUAUUACAAAUAACAAACAUGGAGUUACCGAACAUGAUCCAAACUCCUUGUAUCCGGAAUGGCCACCGAAUCAUCCGAAGGUCGCUCGGUAUCUUGAGCAGCAAAUAUCACACAGCAAAUGUCCUGUGGAGAACGGUGUUAUAAAAACUACCUGGGGUCCAGUUUCUGCCGGAUCGCUAAUCUCUGGUAUAGCUGCUGGGCUGCAACCCGAGAUUGUAACAUUCUCAGAAUUGUUUCCCGAUGAGAAGGAUCCAGACCGAAAGGGAAAUCUAUCAAGUUUAUCAUUGAAUAAUAAAUGGAUUGCAACCAUAGCUGGUGAUUUAGCUGAAGUUACCUUAAUGCAAGGCCCUAUAACCAAUGGCCCUAAAAAUACCAAGUUAAGCGUAGGUGCAUCUGGCAUGUGGAACUCGUCAUCUAUACCUCGUUGGUAUUUCCUGAAAUCCAGUGAAAAGUUACAAUUUACCACAGCAGAGAUCAGGGGCGACAUCGAUGGAUUAAUUCUCGCUAGUGAAAUCGAAGCCUUAUAUUCCAGAGUGCCUAAACUAAGAUUGUCGCAGAUUUUGGAUCUAUAUUAUAACCCCCGCGGAUUGUUCAAUCCUGCGAUUAGGGCAUGUAAUCGCAGAUCAUUCUUUCAGACAUCCAUACCAAAAGAUGUAAUGGCUGAACAGACGUUCAGUUCUUCAUUGGUCUUAGAAGAAUACUUGCAUAGAGCUACAAUAAGUGACGAUAAGAUGAAGAACUUUGCAAAUCAAGCAAUGGAGGAGCUAGGUCUCUAUGUUGGUGAUUCAAUGACUAAGGAUUUAUCGUGUUCCGACACAGAAACAGGAUUUUUCAACGAUGUUAUUCAGGUUGCUAUCGAUUUAACAAUUAUUCUCGAUACAAAUUGGGCUUUCAACGUGAUACAACCAAUGCUUGCAGACAUCUUGGAUAAUAUCAAGAUAAGUCGAUACAACAGUCAAUUCACAAUUAUGAAUGGUCAUGACGGCAGUAUCAUGUUGAAUACUACCGACAGUAUUUUAGACUUUGGUUAUUAUAAUAUGACAAAUUAUGAAAGUGUUCACAGCGGCUUUAAUCUUCCUCAGUCACUCGAAAAAUUACGUAGUUUGCAAACCCAGAAACUGAACAAUGAACGAUCUGGUUUUGGAAACGGGAAAUCCGAUGUAGUUUUAAUUAUUCCUUAUACAACAUCUCUUACAAAUUCCGACAAGGAAUUCUGUAAAGAACAGAUCGCGGAUAUGCGAGAGAAAGUACCAGAUGCCACAUUACUUAUAUUGACUUAUGGAUCGAAAGACAGAUGGGAAGAACUUGUAAGUAAUCCAGCAAGUGACUUAUUCUCCACGACCACUUCUGAUGAUAUAGGAGGUUCAAGAACAAUGAUGGAUUUAAUUUCGAGAAUAAAACAAGUACCGCAACGCUUAAUCAAUACACAAUGUGGAGCUAAUUAUUCUCCUGCUGGAUCUUCUAAUUCGUUUAUCGAUUAUAUUGAACCUGGUACGGUUGUCUCUUACAGGAUGCAUCCUAAUUAUUUCUUUUCCGACAGCGAUCAUAUCAGCGUUAUAAAGAUUGAAGGAUCCAGUUCGGGUAAUCUGAAAAUAUGUUCAGCCAGACAUUUUAUAAAUAUUAAUAAAACAGAUAAUUGCAUACCGAUAAGUAACAAUGAACAUGCCAUUCAAGUAUCUUGUGGUGAUGCUGGCUUAAUACAUCUUUGCGAUCCACUAUAUCUAGCAAUAGAUGCACGUACACCCAGUAAUUCUUCAAUUACGAAUUUUCAAUGUACAGAGCCUGACGUGUGCAGAUUCCCUCAUAUGAUCAAAUACACCAUUCGCUAUGAAAAUUUAGUAUGUGAAAGUAACGCAAGCAUAAACAUGUUGAACAUUUUUGUUUUAAUCAUAAGUAUGCUAUACACAUUUUUGUAAUAAAAAUACAACAAAUUAUUACAUAAGUUAAUUUUUUUAAUAAACAAAACCGCAUGAAUGUAUUACAUUAGCCAAAUUAGAAUUAGAAUUAGAAUUGUAAAUAUCGCUUAGUACUGUCCUUUUAUUGCCUGAUGAAGGCAUGUGAGAUAUUUUGUAAUCAUUUGUAUUGACACCGAAACAUUCAAAAUAAAGCAUUGUAAAACUUGUUUCAAUAAAUAAAUUGAUAUUUAAA